UCUGUCUCUCAACACAACGUCUCAUUCCCUCCAUCAGGGAACGGAGGUUACAGUCGUAACCGAGAUGUUUUCAGAAAUGAGCUUUGACUAUUACAUCGCACCCAGUGCUGGAAAUGGCUGAGGUUCACUGAGGGGACUCUAGUUGGGGACAUAUUUUAUAUUUUUAAGCAAUAGGUGCAGAACAUCCUGCUUUACUUACUUUAUUGUUUAUGUUUACAGGGACAAUACACAAUUAAAAGUAAUUGCACCAGAGUUAGCUAAUAAUUUACAUCUGCUGUCCCUGGGCAGGUAAACAAAUAAAGUAACAUACAAUAUUACAUAUACACCACAUAUAACAUCACAAUACAUAUAUCCAAAGAUGUAAGAUUAAUAAAAACAGUAUAUAAAAAAACAUGUGACUUACAACACAGUCAUUAGUGGUUGCAAAUUUGUUCUGAUAGCAGCCAGUGCUUAAGAUUAAUUCAAAAAUCUGUCAAUGCUUUGGAUGUUUGUAAGUAAGGAAUUCCAUAACCUCACUACUCUAACCGAAAACACUGUUUGACCAAAGGCGGUUUUUCUAUACUGUGGUACUAAAUCUCCCCUAGCAGAUGCUCUUGUCCUACCGGCACUGCCGUUAUGGGCCAGGCGUCCCCUAAGAGGAGGGCGAGCAAGAUUAUGGAUAAUUUUGUACAUCAAGAAUACAUCACUGUAAAAUACAAAAUUAUCAAAAUUAAACUUUUUCAAAAUUGUGCAAUAAUGAUAAUCCCUUAUCCCUGCUGUUUUAUGUAUGAAAUUUGUAUAGCACUUGGAGGCUAUUACGUGAAUGAAAGAUUCCCUUGAAAUUCACUCCCUUGGACUGAAUUCAGCAGUGUUACCCCACUUUCCAGCUGUGAUCACACCACUACAUCCAUGAUCUAAAAAGAUUAGUGCAUAAUCACUUAAUAAAUUUGAUGAAACAUAAAGACUUUAAAAUUAUGUUUCAGCUACUGUGCCUUAUUUUACAUUUGUACAAUACAAUGUUUUUAUUUAGCACAGUAUAGCUAAAAUAUCAAAUAAACAAAUGGCACCUGACCUGAAUGUUCCAUCACGCCUAAGUAAUGAAUGACUUAAUGAAAAGUUUUACAAAGAGAGUAUAAAGGGAACAAUAUUAAAUUGAUAACUUUUCGAUGACAGCUUUCGGCCGAUUUAGGGAUGCCCAUCCCAAGGUAACUAGAAAUUAUUCCAGCUCUUGUCUGGAUCCAGCCUCCCACAAAGACUUCAGAUUAUCUAACACCUGUAGAAAAAUGCUGCCAGAAGUAUCAAACCAUGAUAUGGCUUCAGAUAAAGUCAGCAUGGACCAAUAAACAAAACUGCUGAAAUUUACAGACAGUUGAUCUGCCGGUUGAUAUACCAGAUUGAUUGCUGCUGCUCAGCCAGCUAGUAAACAAGCAGUAUUAACUUAUGUUAAAACAGUAUUAACAGUGUUAAAGUGGCAGCAGAGAACUGGCACUCCUUGAUGAGUCUGUUUUUUCUUAGUUUAGAAGUUUAUAAUACAUUAUAUAUUCUUACUGUGGAAUUAAACAACAAAGUAAAAUAGAUAACAAUAAAAUAACACUUAAUUCAAUUACAUUGCAAACAACUACUUUAAAUAAUACAUAGAUUCAUUUCAAUACAAUUACAUUUACAUCAAUAUUCAUACACCAUUUCCCACAUUUUAAUUUUUCUUCUUGCUUAGUAUUUAUCCAACCUAUAGUCCUACAUAUUAAGCUAUAUAUAUUUCUCAAAUUGAAGUUAAUUAUUCUGCCCUUAUGUCUCCAAUGAACAAACAUACACUCUUAAAAAAUGUAGUUUCACUAUAUGCCAUAACCAUUUUUGUCUGAAUGGUUUCUUAAUGAACCUCUAACAUCCAAAGAACCUUUUAGUUUUCACAAAACGUUUCACAAAAGGUUCUUUGUACUAGAAAAGGGGUCUUCAGGUUAUGAAAACCUAAGAAAGAAAUGUUUUUUAUUGGAAAAAGGUUGUUUGGGGAAUAAAAAAUGGUUCUUCUAUGGCAUCGAUCAGAUGAUUUGGCACAAUUUGUGGUACAAAAGAAAAUUAAUGGUGGGGGGUCAUUUUACAACAAGGAGAACCUUUUCUCAUCUUUCUAAACUACAUUUCAGUGAAAAAUGGCAGUUUAAUGUUAUAUGUUUUCAAAAAAUAACCCAUCAUCUAAAUUGACUCCACUAAAUGAAUUCUUGGGGUGGGAGCAACCUAUCUGGUUUUAAUAUUUAACCAAGUUGUGUUGUCUGUGUGGUCUCUAUGACAAUGAUGGGUCACUCCUUUUAUAUUUACCUACAUAUGCCGCAGGUCAGGUCAAAUUUGUAAGUGUUUUAAAUAUUUAUACUUAUAUAUAUAUAUAUAUGCUUGCUAAUACACUAUUGAAUUUAGGUAAUAAUAACUCUAAAAUGCAAUACAUGAAAUUGUGCUGUUUUGACUAAACUAUAACAUACUGUAACAUUGUAGCUCUUGUUUCUUGCUUAUAGAACGAGUCAGCACUAACAUCCUUGUAUAAGUGGAGAAAAUGGCAAACAAAGCACAAGAGGAUGCUGUGAUCAAUAAGAAAUAUGUGCAGGAGAUUGCUAAACAGUUAGGGUUUGAGUGGACGGUUCUGGCAUAUGAACUUGAUUUCACCAGAAAUGAAGUCAGACAGUUUCAGGCCACAUCCAAAGACAAGAAGGUUCAAGCCCAGAGAAUGCUGGAAUCAUGGUAUGAACGCUCCUGGGACAAAGCAAACAAAACCAAGUUGCUGCAGGAUGGUCUAGAUCGAGCAGGUCGCCGUGAUCUGGCUGAAAGGCUCCGCUGCCUGCACUGGGGUCACCAGAAGCUCAGUCGCAGAGUGGAACUGCCCUCUGCCUUCCCUUUCAUCAUUACUGUCCAUAAGACUAUAGAUAACAAAGAUGCCUUAAGCAGGAUAAAUUUGCUUAAUCGCAGUUAUAGCUAAAACAAUUUGGCAUUUUAUAUAGUCAUAUACAUUUUGACUUUUUGCAAUAAGGUUAAUUUCAAUAUUUCCUAAACAUGUCAAUAUGUCAUUUGCUUUAAUGACAGCAUACUUAACAAAACCUGAUUAUGUAAAUCAGGUUAUGUCAGUUUAUUUUCAGGUUUUUAGAAACGAUAUCACAUGUGUUUUGACACCACUGCAUGUUAUUUCCUUAAACACUUUUUGUAAAAGCAUAUUCAUUCUGCAUUUUCUUAUGUAUUGCUCAAAACUGUUUUUCCAAGUUAUUGUUGUACCAAUAGCUCUUCCUGUAUUCAGAUCAAAUGUGCUGUUUUGUUCUCCCUAAUCCCCUUAAAAUGUCUAUAUCCAUGACGACCAGUAGCGUUGUUAACCACCACGCAAACCACGCAAAUGCGUACGGCCAGCAAGCUUGGGGGCCCCCUAGUGGCUACAAGCAGUAAAAUCAUUUGACGCUUGAUUUAUAUAUUCAGAUAUACGCAAUGAAGCGCACGUAUCAAAGCGGUGCUCAAAAACCAAAGAAAGCAAAAGAAAAGAAAUCUAAUAAUAAUUUUACGAAUAUAGCAAUACAAUGCUAUGAAAAGAAGAAUGAAAAGAAGAAUCUUGCACCUUUUACUUUCUUAUACUGUAGCUAAAAGCAAUCUGUAUUAUUCUGAAUAAAACAAAGGACACUUUUCAUCCCAAAACCAAGAAGGUUUAUUCUUAUAACAAACUGUAGAGACUUUUGUGCUGUUAUGUGGUUAAACGUAAAAUA